ACCGCGCAACGUGCUCACGCGAAUGCCCCUGCACGAAGGCAGCCCCCUGGGUGAGCUCCACCGCUGUAUCCGCGAGGGGGUGAAGGUGAACGUCCACAUCCGCACCUUCAAGGGACUCCGGGGCGUCUGCACAGGCUUCCUGGUCGCAUUCGACAAAUUCUGGAAUAUGGCACUUACUGAUGUGGACGAGACAUACCGAAAACCUGUUCUGGGCAAAGCAUACGAACGGGAUUCGUCCCUGACUCUCACUCGGCUCUUUGAUCGGCUCAAACUUCAGGAUUCCGCCAGGAAGGAAGCAGAUUCUAAAUCUGCCGUGGAAGACUCUACUCUGUCCAGAUACUCGCAGACUUCCACCUGGAAGGUGGCUUCCGUGUGGGGAAGAGGAGACACGGACCGCGGCUCACGCCAGCACUCCCGCUCACUCCCUUCUUCCUUGCAGGCGUCUGGAAGGGAGGAGUCCAGGUCUCUGGCUGUGGAAGAAAAGCCUGUCUGUCUGCUCCCACAACGAUUACAGCCAAGAUUACCAAGAACUAGGAAGGAGCUCAGCCCAACUCUCGAGCAUUUGGGCCCAUUAUGAGCUUACAUAGACUC